AUGUUGAAGCAGACAAUUUCUUCAGAAGCACUAUCAGAAGAGCAGGAUAGGCUACAAGCACUAUCAGAAGAGCAGGAUAGGCUGCAAGCACUAGCAGAAGGGCAGGAUAGGCUGCAAGCACUAGCAGAAGAGCAGGAUAGGCUACAAGCACUAGCAGAAGGGCAGGAUAGGCUACAAGCACUAUCAGAAGAGCAGGAUAGGCUGCAAGCACUAUCAGAAGAGCAGGAUAGGCUGCAAGCACUAGCAGAAGAGCAGGAUAGGCUGCAAGCACUAGCAGAAGAGCAGGAUAGGCUACAAGCACUAGCAGAAGGGCAGGAUAGGCUACAAGCACUAUCAGAAGAGCAGGAUAGGCUGCAAGCACUAGCAGAAGAGCAGGAUAGGCUACAAGCACUAGCAGAAGGGCAGGAUAGGCUGCAAGCACUAUCAGAAGAGCAGGAUAGACUACAAGCACUAUCAGAAGGGCAGGAUAGGCUGCAAGCACUAUCAGAAGAGCAGGAUAGACUACAAGCACUAGCAGAAGGGCAGGAUAGGCUGCAAGCACUAUCAGAAGAGCAGGAUAGGCUGCAAGCACCAUCAGAAGGGCAGGAUAGGCUGCAAGCACUAGCAGAAGGGCAGGAUAGGCUGCAAGCACUAUCAGAAGAGCAGGAUAGACUACAAGCACUAUCAGAAGGGCAGGAUAGGCUGCAAGCACUAUCAGAAGAGCAGGAUAGGCUGCAAGCACUAUCAGAAGGGCAGGAUAGGCUACAAGCACUAGCAGAAGGGCAGGAUAGGCUGCAAGCACUAUCAGAAGAGCAGGAUAGACUACAAGCACUAUCAGAAGGGCAGGAUAGGCUGCAAGCACUAUCAGAAGAGCAGGAUAGGCUACAAGCACUAGCAGAAGGGCAGGAUAGGCUGCAAGCACUAUCAGAAGAGCAGGAUAGGCUGCAAGCACUAGCAGAAGGGCAGGAUAGGCUGCAAGCACUAUCAGAAGAGCAGGAUAGGCUGCAAGCACUAGCAGAAGGGCAGGAUAGGCUGCAAGCACUAGCAGAAGGGCAGGAUAGGCUGCAAGCACUAUCAGAAGAGCAGGAUAGGCUGCAAGCACUAUCAGAAGAGCAGGAUAGGCUACAAGCACUAGCAGAAGGGCAGGAUAGGCUGCAAGCACUAUCAGAAGAGCAGGAUAGGCUGCAAGCACUAGCAGAAGGGCAGGAUAGGCUGCAAGCACUAUCAGAAGAGCAGGAUAGGCUGCAAGCACUAGCAGAAGGGCAGGAUAGGCUGCAAGCACUAGCAGAAGGGCAGGAUAGGCUGCAAGCACUAUCAGAAGAGCAGGAUAGGCUGCAAGCACUAUCAGAAGAGCAGGAUAGGCUGCAAGCACUAUCAGAAGAGCAGGAUAGGCUGCAAGCACUAUCAGAAGAGCAGGAUAGGCUGCAAGCACUAGCAGAAGGGCAGGAUAGGCUGCAAGCACUAUCAGAAGAGCAGGAUAGGCUGCAAGCACUAUCAGAAGAGCAGGAUAGGCUGCAAGCACUAUCAGAAGAGCAGGAUAGGCUGCAAGCACUAUCAGAAGAGCAGGAUAGGCUGCAAGCACUAUCAGAAGAGCAGGAUAGGCUGCAAGCACUAUCAGAAGAGCAGGAUAGGCUGCAAGCACUAUCAGAAGAGCAGGAUAGGCUGCAAGCACUAUCAGAAGAGCAGGAUAGGCUGCAAGCACUAUCAGAAGAGCAGGAUAGGCUGCAAGCACUAUCAGAAGAGCAGGAUAGGCUGCAAGCAUUAUCAGAAGAGCAGGAUAGGCUGCAAGCACUAUCAGAAGAGCAGGAUAGGCUGCAAGCAUUAUCAGAAGAGCAGGAUAGGCUGCAGGAUGUCAACGGUCUUCACCUUCUUUCAUCUUGUCCAAUAAAUUUACUUUUAAAUUCAGUUCGGUCUUUGUUUUGUCCAAUAAAUUUAUCGUUAUCAGGAACUGAUGGAGGGAUACAGGGAGAUCAAUUUCAACAAUGGUGGAAUGCAAUUGUUCCAAUUUCAUAA